UGAUGUUGAUUAAUGAUGACUUGAUGAAGAUGGAGGCAUACUUUACCUGUGUCCUAGCCGUCCUCAGGUAAGAAAUGUUCAUAUUUUCCUCGUUCAGUAUUCUGCAAUAACCAAACCAUGCCCGUCUGAGUAUGUGCUUCAUCUUCUAAUUUUUCUUUUCUUAAUUCUUAUCCCCAGGACGGUGGCGGUGUGGUCCACUACGAGACGCAAGGUGAAGCUACGGACAAGUGUGGCGCUGGUGGUGGGCGUCGUUGUCUUUGUUUUAGCUAUCACUGCAGGUAAGAUGAAACCGGAAUCACUUUGCUUGCAUCGUUUUAUCCUUGUAAUUGUUGCAGUGCCUUUCAUUGUGCAUCCUUCCACACAGGUAAGGAUUGUACUCCCUAUGGUAUUCUCACCACAAAAUAUACGCCGCCGUUCUGAUAACUUCACAAAUUCUUGCUGUCCUACAAUACAUCCUGCCGGUGGUCAUCACACCUCGCCUGCUACUGCUCCAUGAUAUUCGUGGUAAGACGCAACAAGCGCCCCCUGGCCGUCACUCCAGACACGGCAGGGACAGGCCAGGUGAUGGACCAGGCCACGCAGUCCAUGCUGGUUUUCAUCAGCAACCUGCUACUGACCCCGUCGGAAUUUGUGCGCCCCUAUCUGCUUAAGUCUAAUCUUUCCCAUGGCAUUAUCUCCUUGGCCUUCUAUAUCAUUUUCUUCACACACUUUUUCCUUCAACCGCUGGUAUUUGUAUAUUUCAAGCUGCACCACUGGCAAUGCGUCCUGCAGGCACUCAAGUCCUGCCUGCAAUAGGUCACCUGCAGGCCGCCGUCUGUACCCCCGCACGCCACCACCAACCUCCCCCUCUACUCACUCCAAAAUGUUGCACAAGGAUCAUAGCUAAAGAUAUUGUGUGUUUACAUUCACCUAAUGAUGAUUUUUUUUUUUUUUUUUUUGAGCAAGUUGUCUUACAAUCAUCGGCCAGUGUUUUUUUGUUUUGUUUUUUUGUAAAGAAUAAACUUAAGUAUCUUAUCUGGAAGAUUUAGAUUAUCCAUUCACAUCCCUAAAAGUUCUGCA